AUGGGCUCCAUCGAUUAUGCCGACUACGUCGAUAACGGCCGGCUCAACGGCAAAGGGUUUUGCAGUGACGCCCAAAGCACAAACAUGGACUAUGAUGUGACUAUCAUUGGCGGCGGCUUUGGCGGUUGCUAUGCGCUUCACCUCCUGCGCAAGCAGGGCUUCUCGGCGCACAUUGUAGAGGCCGGGUCUUCCAUUGGAGGCGUGUGGCACUGGAACAGCUAUCCGGGCGCACGAGUCGACUCAGAAGCGCCUUACUAUCAACUCUCCGUUCGUGAAGUCUGGAAGGACUGGACGUGGACGGAGCGGUUCCCCGGGCACGAGGAGCUCAAGAGGUAUUUCCGACACAUCGACAAGGUCCUCGACAUCUCCAAGGACGUCAGCUACAACACUACCGUCGUAGGUGCGGAUUUUGACACCGAUACUGCGAUUUGGAUCGUCAAGACGGACACUGGCCGAGCCAUCACCUCGCGGUUCCUGAUCUCGGCGACAGGCAGCUCGUACAAGCGGUACGAGCCCAGUUUCGCCGGCAAGGAGUCCUUCAAAGGCACUGUGGUGCACUCGGCGGCCUGGCCCGAGUCCGGUGUUGAUUUCCGUAACAAGCGGGUUGCCAUCAUCGGGGCCGGGGCGACGGGCGUGCAAUGCGUGCAGGAGAUUGCAAAGCAGCCGGGCGUGGAGCUGACGGUGUACGUCCGCAACAUCAACAUCGCGCUUCCAAUGCACCAACGUCCAAUGACAGAGGCCGAGCAGCGCACCUUCAAGUCCUUCUAUGGAGUUCUGUUCAAAGCGGCAAGAGAGAGUGGUUACGGCAUCCCGUCUGAGUACAACCCAAAGUCGGCAUUAGAGACCACGGCUGAGGAGAGGGAUGCGUUGUGGGAAGAGCUAUGGCAGCGCGGGGGCUUCAACUUCCAGGCGAGCCAGUACACAGACUUCCUGAUCGAUGCAGAGUCGAACCGCCUGGCCUAUGAAUUCUGGGCCAAGAAAACGCGUGGGAGGAUCAGGAACCCGCAAAAAAGGGCCAUCCUGGUUCCCGACGAACCGCCGUACCCUUUCGCGACCAAGAGGAGCAGCCUGGAGCAAGACUACUACGAGUGCCUUGACCAAGACAACGUGGAGGUGGUUAACGUGAAGAGCUCGGGCAUCCGCGAGUGGACUCCGCGGGGCAUCAUGACUGAGGACGGGAGGGAGAGGGAGCAUGAUAUCAUCGUACUCGCGACGGGAUAUGAUAGCAUGACUGGCGCGUUGACGAACAUGGGGUUACGUGGCAAAGACGGUGUCGACUUGAAAAAGAGGUGGAAGGACGGCGUCUGGACCUAUCUCGGCCUCAUGACUCGGGGGUGUCCGAAUCUCUUCUUCGUAUACGGGCCACAAGCGCCCACGGCUUUUACGAAUGGGCCUCCGUUCAUAGAGAAGCAGGUCGAAGUCAUUGGCGACUUCCUCACCAAGAUCCGUAAGGAGCGGGUAAGAUCCGUCGAGCCACGCCCGUCGGCAGUGGAACACUGGAAGACAACCAUUCUUGCCAACCACGAGCCGACGCUUUUCAGCAAGUGCGACUCAUCGUGGUACGUGGGCGCCAACAUUCCGGGCAAGAAGAGGGAGCAGCUCAACUACCUUGGCGGCAUCCCCCUUUACCUCCAAGCCUGCCGAGACGGCACGAGCAACUGGGACAACUUCGACGUCGUUAAAGAAGAGGAAGGUAGGGAGGUUGUCGAUGCCGUGAGUGUUCGUCCGAUGGAGGGGAUCACUACCUAA